GUUUCGGAACGUUCCUCUGCUCUUGUAUCUCUCCGGACGAUCUUCUCAGCAGCACACAGUUCGUCUCGGGGUCAGACUUUCUUCACUCGAUCUGCUUCUUUCUUCAGAUCUGAACUGAAACUGAUCGAUCGUUCUGAUCACUUAUUGAUCAGCUGUCAACUCCGUGUCUAAGCUUUUGAUUUUGUCCGUUUGCAACGUGAAUAAUAACGGUUUUUUUAAAGGUUUCAAACACACACGCGUCCUUCGCGACACCGGAAGGAGGAUUUCCCGUCCGACACCGACCUCAGGUCAGAUUCACGUUCGUCUCCGUCCGGUCGGUUCGACUCCGGGUCCCGGUGAGAGAGUCUGCGGCCCGCGGGGCGACGACAACCCGGUACCGUCACGGGAGCACCGGGCUAACGCGGCUAGCUGUUAGCUUAGCACGAGACAACAGCGUCCGGUGAGAGAUCUGAUCACGUGAGUCAUGGCGGCGCAGGUGACCGAGUCCGACCAGGUCAAACAGUUCAAAGAGUUCCUCGGGACCUACAACAAGGUGACGGAGAACUGCUUCAUGGACUGUGUCAAGGACUUCACCAGCAGGGACGUGAGGCCCGAGGAGUCGAGCUGCUCCGAGUCGUGUCUGCAGAAGUACCUGAAGAUGACUCAGCGAAUCUCCAUGAGGUUCCAGGAAUAUCACAUCCAGCAGAACGAGGCGCUGGCGGCGAAAGCUGGUCUGUUGGGACCUCGCUGACCUGGACCGGAUGCGCCGGACAGAAUCUGGGUUCACCAUCAGUGUGAACUGGACAAACAGCUGCUGUCUCAAAGCAUCAUGGGAGAUGUAGUGUAACUGUCCUUUAAUGUGUUUGUUUGUAACAUCAUGUUAUUAUUUUUUAUUUUAUUAAACAUUGUGAAUGAG